AUGGCUGAAGAAAAAACUAUGCACAUUCCAGAACCAACUUUUGAAAACGGAAUUUGGAAGGGCGGCAAAAUUGAUAUGCCCGAUGGAUAUUACAAACUUGGAGAAAGAGUACUUAAUCAAUUCAAAAAGUUUCCAGAUUUUGUUGGGCAGAUCGACGGGGCGACUGGAACUAAAUUGACUUAUGCGGAUAUGGGUGACAAAAGUAUCAGGUGCGCAUUAUGGCUCAAAGAACAAGGAGUGAGUCCUGGAGAUGUCGUUGGUUUUUGUUCAAGAAACCAUUUGGACAGUUGCAUACCUUUAUAUGCUUGUUUGUACAUAGGAGCAAUUUUCAAUCCUUGGUGGCAUACUUGUUUAAACGAAGAGCUCGUGGUGAAUUUCGUCGAAAGAACACAGCCAAAAGUGUUGUUUAUUACCGAAAACCAUGCCGACGUAAUAACUAACUCAAUAAACAAGAUGAGUUAUCCCUUGAUAAUUGUAAGUUUUGGGAAAAAAAGCGGUUUAUUAUCUUUUGAAGAUGUUUUGAAAACCCAGAACGAUGAAGAUAUUAACAAAUUUCAAUGUACGCGAAUUGAGCCUAAAGAUCCAGUGCUUAUAAUUUACUCAUCUGGUUCAACAAGUUUUCCAAAAGGAGUGUUGCACUCCUAUCAUUCCGUCGCUCAUAUGCUCAACUAUUAUUCAAACGACACCACACCGUCAACAGUUGUCUGGUUUUCUGGACUCUGCUGGAUUUCUGGGACUAGAACAGUCUUGAGGUCAAUAAUAUUCAAAGCUACCAUGAUACUUUACCAUAAUCUCUCGGAGGAAAAAGCCUGUGAAAUCAUUGAAAAAUACAAGGUAACUAGACUAUGGAUGGGAGCAUCUGUAGUAAAUAAAUUUACUAAGUUGAGAGACAUAGAAAAGUACGAUCUAUCAUCGGUUGAUUUGGUGACUUACGGUGAUGCGAGUACUAGUCGAGAAGUGAUUCAAAAUUUGUGUAAAUUGUUCAAGAAUGCUGAUAUUUAUGUUCGUUACGGUGCUACUGAAUGUGGAACCGUGCUAACCGGGCUAAUCAAGUAUGAUAAAUUUGAUUCUUGUGGAAAAAUAUUUUUCAAUACGGAAGUUAAAGUUGUUGACCUGAACACUAAGAAAAUUUUGGGACCGAAUCAAAGAGGAGAACUAUGGAUCCGAACCCCGAGAUUAAUGCUUGGUUACUGGAAAAAUCUUUCGAAAACUGAAAAAGUUAUUGAUUCUAAAGGAUGGUACCACAGUGGCGAUUUGGUAUAUUAUGACAACGACGGUGUUUUCUUCUUUUACACUAGAAUUAAGCAUACAAUAAAAUGCGAUUUAUUUGAUUUAGUACCGGAAAUGAUAGAAAAAAUAAUACAAGGUCUUCCAGGAGUUGCUGAAGUAUCCGUCGUCGCUAAGCCAAGCUUGGAGUAUGGUCAAAUUCCAAUGGCUUUUGUUACUAAAGAACCUGGAAUGGAAGUAUCUGAAGGAGAAAUUAUCGAAGCUGUAGAAAAAAAACUUUCAAAUGGAGUGAAACUUUUAGGCGGUGUCUAUUUUUUGGACAGAAUGCCGUUAACACCUUUGAGGAAAAUCGCUAUACACGAACUUCGCAUCCUC